CCUCAGCAAAGAGACUCCAUUUUUCAUGUCGUACAACGCAGAUUCGUCAGAAACCUGUCUCUUUAUUCUUUUAAUUUAAAAACAAAUAGUUAGAAGCUAAAAGCUUCACACUUAUGGAAAGGAGUCAGUAAAAUUAAAAUAUAUUCCGUAAUAUUUGGAUUUAUUUUGAGAGAUUAUGGAAUUUGAAUCUCCAGGUGGCAUUUCUAUAUUCAUGUGCAAAAUCUGCAACUUGUUCUCCCCAAACCAAAGUGAGCUGUUAGCACAUUUUUCUGAAAAACAUGUGACUGAAAGUCUGAAUCCUAAUGACAUAAUCGUCCCUUUAAGACCACUGUCAUCAACUCUUCAACUGGAAAAAGGCACAGAGGAAUGCCAUGUAAUAAAAAGGAAAAGAGGAAGGCCAAAAGGUUCUACUAAGAAGUUUUAUGUAGAGGAGGAAUUGGUAAAUAAAAAUACAAAGCACACCGAAGAAGUCCAGCCUGAGGAACAAGAAGUGGCUUCUGAAGACCCUGGAAUUUUAGAAUGUCGGAAAUGUUGUCGAAAGUUUUGCAACAAAAGACAGCUGAAGAAGCACAUCUGUAUCAUGGAACUCGAAGAAGAUGGUGAUGAUGAAGAAGAAAAGUAUAAUGACUCAACAGUUAGACUAACAUGUGGGGAUAAAGAUGAAGAUAUAGAGAGGCCACCAAAAAAGGCACGAAUUCAGAGAUCAGAAAAAGUAUGUUUAAGUAAAGAUCCUGAUCAAUCAAGUGGAGCAAAGCAACCAAUUAUCAGUGUGGUUCUUACGGCACAUGAAGCUAUCCCAGGUGCUACAAAAAUUGUUCCAAUUGAGGCUACUCCAGCAGAAAUUGCUCCAGCAGUAGAACCUAACACUAGCGCUCAAGAUACAGGGGCUAAAAGAGGCUACCAAGAGUAUUCUAUACAGCAAGCAUCAUUUGAGAAACCAAUGAAAUCAAACAGGUUGGGACAGACACAGCUGAAAAUAUUCACUUGUGAAUAUUGCAAUAAGGUAUUUAAAUUUAAGCAUUCAUUACAAGCUCACCUACGGAUUCACACAAAUGAAAAGCCUUUCAAAUGUCCUCAUUGUGAUUAUGCAAGUGCCAUCAAAGCCAACUUGAGUGUACACCUGCGCAAACAUACAGGGGAAAAAUUCAGCUGUGAGUACUGCUCCUUCAGCUGCCUGAGCAAAGGACAUCUCAAAGUACAUGUAGAGCGGGUGCACAAGAAGAUAAAGCAACACUGUCGCUUCUGCAAAAAGAAAUACUCUGAUGUUAAAAAUCUACUUAAGCAUGUACGAGAGAGCCACGACAUGGUGGAUAAGAAGGUUAAAGAUAACUAUGAUGAGCUUUGCCUACAGACCAGAGAAGGCAAAAGGCAGCUUCUUUAUGACUGCCACAUCUGUGAUCGUAAGUUCAAGAAUGAACUUGAUAGAGAUCGUCACAUGAUGGUCCAUGGGGAUGAGAGACCUUAUGCUUGUGAACUCUGUGAUCAUGGAGUCACCAAAUUUCAAGCUCUGGAAGCGCAUAUACGUAAACAUCCAUUCAUCUACCUCUGUGGUGUAUGUCUCAAUAAGUUUGUUAGUUCGGUAAGGUUAAGAUCACACAUCAAGGAUGUCCACCCUGAUUUAGAAGAAUCUAUUAUAUUUGGUGAAUCUAUUAAUCAAAGUUUUUGUUUGUUAGAGCCUGGGGGUGACAUUCAGCCAGAUUCACUCAAAGAACAAGAGCUUCAAAUUACAGAGGAAAUGACUUUACUGAAGACUCAGAAUGCAUUGGUAGAAGAGUUAGUUGCGACAGAUGACUUUUCUGGCAAAGAAAAUGUACAUUCACUGACUGAAACUUGUCAGGAUGAUCAUGUUCUAGUCCAAGAGGCAGUCUGUACAGAAGUGAGGGAAAUUACUGAACAGCAUACUCAUGAUUUGCCUGGGGAUAAAGUACAAGAUAAUAGAGUUAUGAAUACAGAUAAUGGACAUGUUGUUUCUGAAGAAUGCACAGAUGCUUUCAAUCCAGAGUCCAUGGUUGACUCGACUGAUAAUCAGCCUUCCAGUAAAGAGAAUAACUCGCCAAUAGUUGAACAUUCUCGACCAGAUAAGCCUGUAGUUGAUGUUCUGCCAUUAGAGAGCAUGGAUAAACUUCCAGUCCAAAAUCACUUGACUUUAUCAAUAAAUUAUCAUUCUACUGGGGAAGAAGUAUUGAGUAAGAAAGAGCCUGAAAACAGUGGAAACUAUGAAGUAAUAAGUGAAACUGUACAAAUGACAGGAAAGAACAUUUUAUCUGAUCCAGAUGAACAAGUCAACAACAAACUGGAGUCAGAUUCUCCAGUACAAUAUGCAGCAUUUAAGAAGAUUCUGGAUGGUAUGCAGAAGAGGCAGCUAAACAGAGAUCUCUUUGAGAGGAUUAGAAAAGUCUAUGGCGAUCUGGAAUGUGAAUAUUGUGGUAAACUUUUUUGGUAUCAAGUGCAUUAUGAUAUGCACAUCCGCACUCAUACCCGUGAGCAUCUCUAUUAUUGCUCCCAGUGCAGCUAUUCCUCCAUUACGAAAAACUGUCUGAAACGUCAUGUCAUUCAGAAACACAGCAAUAUUCUCCUCAAGUGCCCCACUGAAGGCUGUGAAUAUACAACGCCAGACAAAUAUAAGCUUCAAGCGCAUCUUAAAAUACAUACCGAGCUGGACAAAAGGAAUUACAAUUGCCCAGUGUGUAUGAAGUCCUUUCCAGAAGAUCGGCUUAUAAAGUCUCACAUUAAAACUAACCACCCAGAGGUGUCAAUGAACACCAUCUCUCAAAUUCUCGGAAGACGAGUGCAGUUAAAAGGUUUGAUAGGGAAGCGAGCAUCAAAAUGCCCUUACUGUGACUGUUAUUUCAUGAGAAAUGGAUCAGACCUGCAGCGACAUAUAUGGGCUCAUGAAGGACUCAAGCCCUUCAAGUGCUCUGUGUGUGAUUAUGCAACUCGCAGCAAGAGCAAUCUUAAGGCUCAUAUGAAUCGACACAACACUGAGAAAACUCAUUUGUGUGACAUGUGUGGGAAGAAAUUUAAAUCAAAAAGCACUUUGAAAAGUCACAAGUUGUUACAUACAGCUGAUGGUAGACAAUUUAAAUGCACUGUGUGUGAGUACACAGCAGCCCAAAAACCUCAGCUACUUCGUCAUAUGGAGCAGCAUGCUUACUUUAAGCCUUUUCGAUGUGCUCAUUGCCAUUACUCCUGCAACAUAUCAGGGUCUCUGAAAAGACAUUAUAAUCGCAAACAUCCAAAUGAGCAGUAUGCAAAUGCUGGUAUGGGUCCUCCUGCUGUGGAUGUAUUAAUACAGCAAGGUGGCGUAAAGUGUCCAGUGUGCAAUUAUGUCUAUGGGACUAAAUGGGAAAUGAACAGACACCUGAAGAAUAAACAUGGUCUGAAACUGCUGGAGGUUAAAGGUGACACCAAAUGGGAGCAGGUUGUAGAAUCCACAGUUGAGGAGUCCUCUACCCAAUAUCUUCAUACUGCAGAAUCUGAAGAUUUAAAAGGAACUGAAGCAGCUGUGGCAGCUCUGCAAGAUCUCAGAUAUAACACAGAAAAUGGUGACAGAUUGGAUCCCACAGCAGUGAAUAUCCUUCAACAAAUAAUUGAAAUGGGAGCAGAAAACCAUGAUGCUGCGGUUGCAUCAGUUGUUGCCAUGGCCCCCGGCACUGUCACUGUAGUGGAGCAGGUGGCUGAAGAGCAACAACAAACAGAUCAUGCUGUGAUGAUCCAGGAAGCCUUACAGCAGGCGUCUGUAGAACUGGGUGAAGAGCACCAUUUAGUGGUCUCCUCCGAUGACAUGGAAGGAAUCGAGACUGUCACUGUGUACACACAGGGCGAGGACGCCUCUGAGUUUAUUGUCUAUGUUCAGGAGGCCGUGCAGGCAGAGGAGGAGCAAACUGUAGAAACCCUUUAAGACUCUGAGAAAAACACAGAUGAGUAAUUGUAUAUUUUUGAUUUCCUUCAUUGUUUAAAGUCUUUUGUUAAAAAGGAAUAAAUUGCCAUUUUACUUUAACUGGAUGUAAAAUAAUGUGAAUUACUGAGCUGCCACUUUGGAGUUUAAUUUCUUAUCAGAAAAAUCAGGGGCCAAAUAAAUAGAGCUUGGCAGUGAUGUAAAAUUGUGGGUAACCUUUAAACCUGAUUGUUGCCUGUAUCUUAUUUUUUAUGAUAUGAAUGCAGAAUCGCGGAAUGUUGAUUUUAUUCUUAACAGGUACAUUUAAAAUGUAUAGAUUUGUGCACAUGUAAAUAAUAUCAGAAAAAUGAUUAUAAUUAUUUUAAAGAGUGCAUACAUUUUUGUAAGUAAAGAUGAAGAACAAAAAUAUUAAUAAUUUAAAAAAAAGAAAUUGCUUUGCCUCA